GGCCCGCCCUCGGCGGCGUAACUGACUGCGCGUGCGCACUGGUUGCCGCGGCGACCGGGAAAGCGUUGGACAGCCAACGACGCGGACCGUAGAGUAUUAGGGCUGAGUGGUCGGGCCAGGAGUGAGCAUGCACCCCGAAGUCUCUGAGCCGCCGGUGGACAGCGUGGCGGAGCCCAGUCUGGAGGAGUCGGCAGGCGAUCACGGCGACGCGGGGCCAGGGAUCCGUAAAGAAGAAAUUAGUGAGACCAAGGAAACAUGUGCGGGUCCUUGCACAACAUCCUGCCCAAGUCAGCAGCAACCAAGUGGCGACAACGGGUCAGAGGGCUUCUGCACCCACUCGAGAGAUGACAGAGAGGAUCGGGGCCCCAGGAUGACGAAACAGUUCCUUCAAAAGCUCUGCAAGCAGCACAAGCUGUACGUCACCCCCGCCCUGAACGACACCCUGUAUUUGCACUUUAAGGGCUUUGACCGCAUUGAGAACCUGGAGGAGUACACGGGCCUGCGCUGCCUCUGGCUGGAGUGCAAUGGCAUCCAGAGGAUCGAGAAUCUGCAGGCCCAGAGCGAACUGCGCUGCCUCUUCCUGCAAGUGAACCUGUUGCACAAGAUCGAGAACCUGGAGCCCCUCCAGAAGCUGGACGCCCUCAACCUGAGCAACAACUACAUCAAGACCAUUGAGAACCUCUCCUGCCUCCCUGUCCUGAACACACUGCAAAUGGCCCACAACCGCCUGGAGACGGUGGCUGACAUUGAGCACCUCAGGGAGUGUCUGCGACUCUGUGUCCUCGACCUCUCCCACAAUGCGCUGAGUGACCCUGAGAUCCUGAGCGUGCUAGAGAGCAUGCCCUGUCUGCGUGUGCUGAACCUCAUGGGAAACCCAGUGACCAAACACAUCCCUAACUACCGCAGGACGGUCACUGUCCGUCUGAAGCACUUGACUUAUCUGGAUGACAGGCCAGUUUUCCCCAAGGACAGGGCGUGUGCAGAGGCAUGGGCCCGAGGUGGGUAUGCCGCCGAGAAGGAAGAGCGUCGCCAGUGGGAGAGCAGGGAACACAAGAAGAUAACAGACAGCCUGGAAGCCUUGGCCAUGAUCAAGCGUCGGGCUGAGGAGCGGAAGAAGGCAAGAGAUAGAGGGGAGACACCCCUGCCAGACAGCGAAGGGAGUAUCCCCACCAGCCCGGAGGCUGAGGAAAAGCAACCCAUGGGGGAAAUCCAGAAGAAGAUGGAGUUGUUUGUGGAGGAGAGCUUUGAAGCCAAAGAUGAACUGUUUCCAGAGACGCCAGGAGGAGAAAAGGAGCUGCAUGUGGUUGUGGUGAAUGGGGCAGUGGAGAAUCCAGACCUGUCUGGGAGCCUGGCUCACAACCAGACACCUGUGGUGGUCACCCCGGAAGAGUCUACAUCUCCAGUGGCAGCUACUGAUGGGGCCAGAACUGAAGAUAUAGAGGCCGUUGCCGUGGAGAUCAAGGAGAGGCUUUUCAUUGAUGACCUUCCUGACUUGGAAGAUGCUGAGGGUACAGAUGUGUCUGUGGAAGACCAGAUAAAGGAGACAGACAUCCCGAGAAUCCAGGCCAUUUCCAGCUUGAGUGACGACAGUGACCCGGAGCUGGACGAGCUGUCCCUCUCCACGUCUGAGGCCACUCCCACAGGCGCCACAGGUGCCCUCUCACACAUAUUUGCCAUCUCCAAGGGCCCCUCCACGGCAGCCACGGUGCCUUUCACAGACAUAUGUAAGCCAAUAGCAACAACGGACUUAGAAAGCCAAGGUCAAGACUGCGGUGCAGCGGCCUCACGCCCCCUCAUCCAGGAGCUCAAUGAUGAGCCGGCAGAGGAAGCAGCAAACCAGCCACUGCCGCCCCAAACCUGUGCGAGUGACCCUGCACUUGCCCACCCUAGUGAAGAUGGAGACAGCGACAGCCAGCUGCCUGCAGCCACUCUGCUAGGAGAUGGAGCGGAGGAUGAAGCAGAGUCUUCGGUGCACCCGAAGGAGCCCAGCACCCGGGUAGGCCUAGAAGAUAUUGAAUUUGGCUUGGACUGAACCCCAAGGCAGUCUACAUUGUUGGGCUAGCGGUGGCGCAGCAGAUGCAGGGCACCCUCUCCCGUGCAUCACUGUGCUCUUGAGCCUGCAAGGCAGGUGCGUGAAGCUACACCAAUGUGCCUUGUACCCAACACGUCGGUAUCCCCUGGUUACAGACCCCACAAGAACAUAAACACUUUAAGACGCACACAGUCAGCACGUUAUUGGGCUGCCAGUCAGGCUCUCUUCUGAUGAGGUCAGAAACCCCACCCCACCACACUGUACUGUGUAUGUCCCCAAGGUAGAAUGAGUGGGCUUUACACACCAGACACAUCUGCUCUGCCCACAUAACCAUCUGCUCAUGGCCAGUGGACAGGUUUAUUCAGUCCCAGAGUCAAAGCGUCAAUGCCUACUGAACCAAUGUACACUGUGGCACAAUCAACCUCCAACAGCUGACCCACACUGGGCUACCUCGGGGAGCACAUGAGCUGGGGCAUCUUUGAGGACAGGAGGCUAAGGCUACUUUCUAGCAACCCUGCUGCACUGAGGUGCAGGGGGUGGCUCUACCCUGGAGACGUAGCCAGAUCCCCAAGCUACAGGAGCUGGCCCUUGGUCGUGGCUGCUCGGAGCUUCUGUGGCAUGGUCUCCUGGCUCUUUCUGCAGCUCCAUGUGGCCCAGAGAAUGGCAGUGGGAGAAGGCAGGAGACUGGGGGGACUUGGGACUGCAGGGACUCAGCAUUAGCCAUCCUGAUGCAGCCUCUGCAGCCAGCUCUCGGGAAUAUCCUACCAUCAAAUACACGAAGUGGACUGG